UCAUUAAAUUUCAGUUCAGGUAUUCAGUGGGAUGAAAUGAACAUUUUGAUGACACAUCACCCCCCAGACAAAGACUAUGGGCACAUUAAGAUCAAUGAGCCACCAACGCCCUAUAAUAGAUGGAAGGACCCUGAUGACGAAGCUGGAGAAGGAACUGUUGAACCAUUCUCUGACGAUGAAGCUGAUCCUGGAAAACUAGAUCCUGACCAUUUGCAUAAAAGGUAAUUUAUAGCAGCUUGCAAUCAUAUUCUCCAAGCUACUAUUAUUCAUGUAUGUAUGGCAGGUAUAUAGCCAGCUUUGUUUGGACUCCCUUUAAGAAUGAAUAAAAUACACAGAAUGCAAUCUGAUCUGAUGAGUGUUCAAUCUCUUACCCAGAGUCUUCUGGAUUUUCGGUACAAGGAUGACGCACAUUGGGACCUUUUAAUCUCUCAUGAUAUAAUCAUAUGUGUUUAGACCAUCUAUUAUGUGAGUCUUACGCAAAGCAAGGCAUUGGAGCAAAAGGGUUUUGACCUUCAAUUGAUGUCACCUGUGCUCCUUAACCUUUGUUUAGUUAUUACUGGUUUUUAAAUUGAGAGCUUGUUCAUAAAUUUGAAGUUUCUUUGUAUUCCUUACAGGCAAACCAACUGUUGUGCCAAAAGAGAAAUUGAAUGGGUCAACCCAUUGCUGGUUUUCAUUGUCAAGCCACACAAAAUAAAAAUCAAAACCAUUCAAAAGGUUAAGUCCAGAAUCUGGAAAAUGAAUAGGGGCUAAACAUGCUCAGACUCUCUCUAAGACUCCUGUCUGUGCAAUUUGUUAUAUGCAAGUUAUUCUGAGAAAUGAUUUACCUAACUUUAUAGACACCAUGUUGGUGUCCCUCUGAGGGGCACCAACAUACAAACUCCAUAAUAGUGCAUGCAAGAUAAUUUUCCCUGGUUGAAAGAAUGCAUAUAGCAGGGCUAAAAAAGAGCUUGAAUUCCAGCUUGUCUUGUGGCAAGUAGCUCCCACAUUUUGCUUGUCCUGGGUCACUUCUUGCUCUUCUUAGUUAAUGAUUUUGGUAGGGAACAUCUUGCUUGAACCCUUCCCCAUUUGGCAAACUUUUCUGUGUACAUGUAAGUAAAAGUUACUUUCCCAGCAAGAAAUUCUGCUCAUCCUGAACCACCACACAGAACUUUUUAGAGCCCUGUACAAGUUGAAUUCUCUACAACUAUGGUUAGAUUUGUGUACUCUUGAGUCAACCAUAAAAAGAUUCUCCUGCAACCCAAAAUAGAUUUCACAUAUUUGUGUGCUUUGAUACAAGGAUUAAAGAUGCUCCAAAGAGGCGUUCUUGGGAAGAUCCUGAAAAUGGUGGAGAGGAAGAGGAAGAUGAUGAGUUAUCAGAACCACAGAAAGGUUGAUUGACAUUCAUAAUUUCAUCCUAUUAUUGAUUAAGAAAUUGAGCAGUAUUUGUGAAAAGUUAUGCAGAUUGAGGAGGUUGUUGUGGGCUGAGGUGGAUAAUGUUUUCUAAGAUCUGCAUGAUUCUUUAUAUCAUACUAAAGCCUUUGCCAUAAUAAUUCUGGUCUCAACUUGGUUUUGCAUCAAAGGAAGAUCAAAGUGGUCUCAAAGUUGGCAUAAAUAUAGAGCAAUGGAAUAGUCUUUCCUAAGUUAAAGUACCAUAAUAAUCUGUAAUAUAAAUAAUGAUAGUAUAUCUUUAUUUCAUAGAAUAAAAGUACAUACAUGUAUUCCAUGUUACAAUAACUAGUAUUAAGAAAAGGGCCAAAUGUUACAAAUAUAAGAGAAGAUAAAAAGACAAGAUUGAAAGUUUGAAAAAGUGUAAAUAGCUGAGAAAUAAGGAAUAUUAUAUAAACAAUCUAAAUAGCUAAGUUACCAUUAAAUACGAUUUAUAAAAGUGUUCAUAAACCUUUGGGUGUUAAUUGUUGGCCUAAGAGCAGAACUACAAUACAGCUGGUACUCCUUUCCUUUGGGAAGCAUGCAAUAGAGAGGAUUUCCUUCCGACUCAGACACUUUGCUGUAAAUUCUUCUGUCUUGUUUUUCUAGGAGCUUGCAGAUGUUAACAUUGUGAGAAAUAUAAUUACACUUGAAGCAAUUUUAGGUUGCCAAAGGAUGACUUUGACAAAAGUUGAGCUGGGGGACUGCUGUUGCAUUCUUUUUUUGUCACUUCUUCAGCUCAAACUACAGGCGGCCAGAGGCAACGUUUUGUCCUUGGGUCAAUUUAAUAAAACCUUUUCAGGACUUUUUGUAAUUUACUAGUCUAGCUAUUGGUAUAGACUCUAAAACAAUGGCUACUUAAAUAAUUACACUUGUAAAAGUUUCAUUAAAUUGACCCCUGUGUGAUAUUUGGUAAGCAUUUUGUUGUCCCUUUAAUUACUGGUUUAAUAAACCUUAUAACAUUGCUGAUUUUUUUGAUUUAGAGGUGAAGAAGAAAUUUGAAGAAAAGCGAAAAUACCAUUACAAUGAGUAUUCCAAGGUCAAACUUGCAAGGAAACUUAUAGAGCAGGAAUUAAAAGAUUUAGAAGAUGAUGAUGAUGAUACAGACAGUAAAAAGGAACAGCCAAGCUCAUCACAAACUGAUGCCGAUACACAGGUGCGAUAA